AUGCUUCGAAGACCAAGCGCACUUGAGAGAGCUAUUGGCCAGUACAUUGAGCAGCUUUCAGCUACCGAUGUCAGCAACACAGACAGAAAACUGCUCGAUCUUAUCUGCCCACGUAUAUUUAGCAAGAGUGUGGCCGGCAAUGAAGGCCCCAAUGGAGCUGAGAAGAAGGAUAAUGUAGAGAAUGAUGAGAACGAAACGAAUGAUGCCAACACGACCUUCCUGCUAUCACUUCUCAUGUGUAUCUAUAACAAGAGGCCCCCAACUGGCAACGUAAAGGAUCCUCAUGUGCUCAACUUCAUCCAUAAGGCCAAGGACUUUUUGCCAGCUAUGGCAGAUGCUGGCUCGAUCAAUACAAGAAUGCGCUAUCCAGGCUCAGUUGUCCUGAGAUCAACUGCCACGCAACUCAAGGUUGAGUUAAGGAGGAAUUAUAAGGAGGGCGCACAAGCACUUUGUGAAAAGAUCGAAGCUCUCAAGAACAAGGGUCUGCUACUUGUAGACACAGCAAGCAGUAUCGACCCUAGCAUAUCCGCAGUAGAGAACUUUGUUCGCCUGAACAAAAGCUGCAAUAACAGUCGAAAACUUGCUCCGUUGUCCGCUUUUGAAGAUGGCUUUAUAAAUCUCUCAGAGUUAGAACUGAUUGAGAUCUUUUGGCAAGACAAUGAACUCAAAGCUGAACUUCAAGUUAUGCCAGAGGUGACUUCACUUGCACACCCUCGAAAGCCGACCUUAGAGUGUGGCUCUCGGGCAGGGACCCUGGGUAUCUCAUUACAAGUCUGCUAA